AUGGUCGCUUUCCGCCUGCCCGUCCAACAGCCCGGGGCAUCCGCAGCACCCUCAGCAGCCGCAGCAGCAGCAGCAGCAGCAGCAGCAGCAGCAGCAGCAGCAGCAGCAGCAGCAGCAGCAGCAGCAGCGGCAGCAGCGGCUGCAGCAGCAGCAGCAGCAGCGGCAGCAGCAGGGGCGAUGGCAGCGGCGAGGUGUCCGGGAGGGGCGGAAACGGGGAUAGCAGCAGCCGCGCAGCCAGCACCAACCCAAUGA